AUGGGGAAGGAUACGAGUACAAGGGUCAAUGAGCUUCUGGUGAUAGCAAAUAAGUGCGGUGAGAUGGAUCUGGAAUGUUAUUCACUCGGUCUCCCCCAAGUUCUAAAGACAGUAACACGCACCAAAAACUGGGUUGAAGCUUGCACGCCCAACCAUGUUUUCAAAAGCAACCAUGGUCUGGGGAUCCGAGCUGGGUUCCUUUUGGCCGGUAAAAUUCCGACAAUUUCUCCGAUCGAAUUCUGCACUGCUUUUGCUUUUGAGCUGUCGUCGGUCGAACACGUUGGGACUCUUCCUCAAGUCGAUCGGCGCAGCUGUACCAUCAUGACCCGGGGAAAUCAACGUGAACAGGAUCGCCUCAAGGCUCAGAAGAAGGCCGUGGCAGGCCAGAAGAAACCGAAGGAGAGUGCGGCUACUUUGGCUAAGCGGAAGGAGGCAGAUGCUGAGAUUUUGAGGGCUAAGCAGAAGAAAAAAGAGGAAGAAAAGGCUGUUGCUGAGGGGAGUAAGAAAUAGCAUCAAUUUGGAGGCUUAAGGGUGCUUUAUUCCUGGGAUCGUAGCGGUCAUUAUUUACUAUUGUCGACGCUAUGAGUCAUGAAGCAGUUACAGCACCCCUUGAUCAGCCUCUGGCAUCCUGACAAUAGGAAUUCUUGGACACUCGCGAUUUUACAUGA